AUGUCGAGCAAUGUUCAUAAUUUGAAAAAGGAGUAUUUACGGACCAAUUUAAAACAGUCGUCGAAAUCAUCCCUGUAUCGGAAGCGCCGUCGCUAUCUUGAAGAGGUAGAGAGAGAACUUCUGGAAGAAUUCGAUGCAUUGGAGGCUUCCGGUUCUGUUUCGGUGCCGGCAUCAGCGGGCAUGAGCUUUGAUACUAACUUUACUAACGAUAUGAAUGCUAAUGAUAUUAGUACUAACGAUAUUAUUACUAAUGAAGCAAACAUUGAUGAAGAAGAACCAAUUGAAAGUGCUGAUAAUUUUUGGAGGGAUGCUUAUAGCUUCCUCAAUAGUUUUGAAUCUUUGAAAGAUGCUUUAAAAUAUUUGGCAAUUGUAGGGCAUCUUUCCCGAAACUUUCUCAACUUGCUGCUGGCAAUUUUAAGAAAGUUUGGUCACCCUGAGCUUCCGAAGGAUGCACGUACGUUGCUAAAGAUACCAAAAGUAAGCAACGAAAUUCAAAACAUUACAAGGGGUCGAUUAUGGUAUCCUGGGAUUGAGGUUGCUCUUAGAAAUUUGUUUAAGGAUACCAAUCCGGAAGCAACUAAGUUCAGCCUCCAAAUUUCAAUCGAUGGUCUUCCUCUCUUCAGGAGCAGUCCCACUGAAUUUUGGCCUAUUCUUUUUAAAAUCGAUGAAAUUCUCGAUUGUCCAGUUAUGGUUGCAGGUAUAUACAGCGGCCAAAAUAAACCUACAAAUUUGGAGCAAUUUCUUCGGCCAUUAGUGGACGAUUUAAAUGCAUUAAAUUCAACAGGGGUGCAAUUUGGUGAUCAAACAAUUCCUGUUUGCGUGAAGGGUUUUAUCACCGAUUCGCCAGCGCGGGCUUUAAUAAAAUCUGUGUUAGGAUUUCAGGGGAAACACGGAUGCACGAAGUGCACUAUCGUUGGAGAGCGUGUGGAGUCAUUGCAUAAGGUAGUUUUUGAUUAUGCUCUAGCUCCACCGCGCACGGAUGCCAGUUUUCGCGCAAGAGACGAUCGAGAACAUCACAAAUCUAAACGUUCACCAUUGGAAGAGGUUAUUGGUUUAGAUAUGAUUAAAAGUUUUCCAGUAGCUGAUCGGUGUCACCUGAUUGAUUUGGGCGGCACUCGUAAAUUCUUAGCAGGCUUAGAUGACCAUAGAAUGGCCUCUUUUGAUCGGUGGAGCGCUGAUCAAAAGAAAACAUAUCACACUUUUUGAUUAAAACCAAACUUCCUGCUGAAAUACACCGACUAUUCCGAUCUCUUAUAA